GGAAGUGGAGCUGCCGCCACCGCCGCCGCCGAUUCCGGAGCCGGGGUAGCUGCAGCCGUCGCCGCCGCAACUGCAGCCACCGCUGCCGCCGCCUCAGGAGUGGGCUUGGGAAGGAAGCGGUUGCCAUUCUUAGAGCUUCGUCGGAAGCACUUUAGGCCCCUGCAGCCCUGCCACGGGAAUGACCAUGGACAAAAGUGAGCUGGUACAGAAAGCCAAACUCGCUGAGCAGGCUGAGCGCUAUGAUGACAUGGCUGCAGCCAUGAAGGCAGUCACUGAACAGGGGCACGAACUCUCCAAUGAAGAGAGAAAUCUGCUCUCUGUCGCCUACAAGAAUGUGGUAGGUGCUCGCCGUUCUUCCUGGCGCGUCAUCUCCAGCAUUGAACAGAAAACAGAGAGGAAUGAGAAGAAGCAGCAGAUGGGCAAAGAGUACCGUGAGAAGAUAGAGGCGGAGCUGCAGGAUAUCUGCAAUGAUGUUCUGGAGCUGUUGGACAAAUAUCUAAUUCCCAAUGCUACCCAACCAGAAAGUAAGGUGUUCUACUUGAAAAUGAAAGGAGAUUAUUUUAGGUAUCUUUCUGAGGUGGCAUCUGGAGAUAAUAAACAAACCACCGUGUCGAACUCCCAGCAGGCUUACCAGGAAGCAUUUGAAAUUAGUAAGAAAGAAAUGCAGCCUACACACCCAAUUCGACUUGGCCUGGCUCUAAAUUUCUCAGUCUUUUACUAUGAGAUUCUAAACUCUCCUGAAAAGGCCUGCAGCCUGGCAAAAACGGCAUUUGAUGAAGCGAUUGCUGAAUUGGAUACACUGAAUGAAGAGUCUUACAAAGACAGCACUCUGAUCAUGCAGUUACUUAGGGACAAUCUCACUCUGUGGACAUCCGAAAACCAGGGAGAUGAAGGAGAUGCUGGGGAGGGAGAGAACUAAUGUCUAUCAUGCUUUGUGAUCUGUUCAGUGUCACUCUGUACCCUCCACAUUUAUCCCUUUGUGCGAUAAAACAAACAAACAAACAAAAAUUUGUACGUUGACUUCGAUUUUUCACAGCCUCAGCCUAGCAAAAAUGGUCCAUGGUAUAAACAGCUGGUAUUUGUAUCUAAAACUCGGAUUGGUCACAUAAAUGCCACGGCAUUCUGAAGUUUUGAUUUCAUUAAUAUUGACAGAAUUACUGUGUGCUUAAUUUUUUUAAACUGAACACUGUGAUUAUGGGGUUUUGUAACUUAGCAGAACUCUUACUGGUAGAAAAAAUAGACCUGAAUUAUGUGUAACUUUUUGGAAAGUUUAAUCUGAUAUCAAAAUAGUCACUGAAAUACAAUUCUGUUGUAAAGUUGUACAGAAAGUUAUAGAGACUAUAUUGUGGUGCUGGGACUGGAGUGAGACACAUCAUUUGGCAUCCAAGUUUAAUGGUAAUUCACAGUAAUUCUGCCUGUGGUUCAGGGCUUGUAGACAUUUGACCAGUUUGGGCUGUUGCCACUCAAAAGUUCAUGACCACAAAAGUCUACAGUGUCUUCCUCUGAGGAAACUCGGAUCCUGAAAUUGAGAUUCUUUGUGGCAGAUAGCUGGGUUAUGACACUGCAAAAAGGUUCAGUGCUCAUUAUAACAAGAGUGACUAAGCCCCCUUUCCUACAGCAAUAUGUUACUGAUUUGCAACUUUUCAAAACAAUCGGAUCUGUUUUCCUUGUUACUACUUAGCUAAAGAAAAACAAGCUAUAUAUCUUAUGAACCACCUUAUCUGUUUCCUGGGUAAGUCAUUUAAGAACAAUGUUCUGUAGAGAUUGCCUCUCACUGGAGGAGUACUCAAGAUAUUCCUAACUUGGGGCAUUAAAUUUUAAAAUCUAAACAUUCCUUCCCCCAUGUUCUUUUGAACUAUUGACUUUGUUUUUCUCUUCCCUCUUAAAAAUGUAUGUCCUUCUGCUUCCUUACAUUUUCUUCCUUUGGAAAUCUGUAUCUUUUGUUUACUUUUUAUGCCGUGUGGGCAGAGGGUGCAAGACAGUGGUGAGCAUUUUGGUGAGUAAGGCUUGCUUCAGAGUUGAGAAGAGCUUCUCACACCACAUCCCAGUCUUCCUCCAGUUCUCAGCACAAUUGUUGCUCUUCAGUCAUAACCACAGUCUGAAUCAAAAAGUAUUUUUAAAUCUCCAUGAGUUCUCCCUUUAUUGCAACCAACCCUGAUAAUGCUUGUUAGUGCCUAUCACCAGAUCUCCAAAGUGUACUCAUCCAGCUCAGUUCUCAGACAUGUCUACACAAGACCCUAUAAUGCAGGGAAGUUGCAUGGGCACUGCAAAGGAGAGAAUCAAGAAUAGCCAGGCCUGUCAGUCUCACAGUAUCACCCCUUACCCUUAACAUUCCAUAAAGCUAUAGAGUUCAUUUGUUUGUCCAUCUGCUGAAAUGAGAAAAGAAAAAUUCAUGCACUGAUUUAAAACAAACCAAAAAAAAACUAAAAAAAAAAAAUCCUUUUCUUUCUAGCUGAACAAAAAUGUGCAGUUAAUACUUGGCGCUUGAAAAUGCAGUAGUGAAUGUGGAACCAAGCUGUCUGUAUAUCUGGUAGCUCUCUGCUUUGUUUUCCUUACCAGUAUUCUGCCUAAUGUUUGCUUCUGUGAUGGUUAUAUUGCCUAGCAAGCACACCUGUGGUUGUGAAAAUAGUAUAGCAAAAAAGAAAAAUCCCCGGUUAUUGAUGUACUAGAUUUGUGUAUGUCUUUUAAACAGUUCUAGUUUCACCUUACACGGAAUAAUCAGGAAAAAGUGUAAAAACUCAAAAGUGAAAUAAAAAAUUUUAUCAGUUA